ACAGUGUAAAACAAAUGUAUUAAUUGUUAAUUCAUUUUUUUUCGAAAGAAUUGUGAAUCUAAAAAGUUCCCUCAUCAGCAGAGUAUAUUACUAGGUUCUCCUCGCAGCACGAACUAAUGAGGAUGAGGUAAAUUGGUGCGUAUUGCGUUGCGAGUGUGGAAAGCUGCGAUGCCGUUGAUAGAGAGUAUGCAGAAUCAGCAGCAGCAGCGAGUAGACAGGUCGACGAGUCCCUUGCCACAUAAGUCAUCGACCAGCCCUGUCCAGGAGCUAAAGGCCCUCUUUGCCGAAUCCAGCGGAUUCUCGGUAGUUUCAUCCCGGAAACAAUCUUUUAACUCUGACUCCCGACAAGAGGCUAUACAGAGUCUCGCAACAGAACAGAAGUUCGAUAAGUCCAGUAUACCCGAGAGAGGAUCAUGGGGCAGCAAGAUUGAGUUCAUCCUUUCGGUGGUGGGAUUGGCGAUUGGUCUAGGAAAUCUAUGGAGAUUUCCAUAUCUAUGCUACAAGAAUGGUGGGGGAGCGUUUAUGGUUCCGUAUUUUAUAGCCCUGGCACUUGCUGGGGUGCCAAUGUUUUUAAUGGAAUUGGCUUUAGGACAGAUGAUGACCAUUGGAGGCUUGGGCGUAUUUAAAAUAGCUCCUAUUUUUAAAGGAAUUGGAUAUGCAACAUGCGUACUAUCCUGUUGGACAAAUAUCUACUAUAUUAUUAUUUUAGCAUGGGCUCUUUUCUAUUUUUUAGUGUCUCUUCGUUCUGAUGUUCCUUGGAGAACAUGUGAAAAUGCAUGGAACACAAAAUUCUGCAUAACUCCAUUAGAACGUUUAAACACUCCAUGUUGGACAAAUUUUGAAGACACGAUAUGUUCUAUCUCUAUUGGCAACUUAAGUCACAACCUACUCAAAGAUCCUGUAAAAGAAUUUUGGGAAAGGCGAACAUUACAAAUUUCUGAUGGAAUUGAAGAAGUAGGCAGCCUGCGAUGGGAGUUGGCAGGAACUUUAGCUAUUGUUUGGAUAAUGUGCUACUUUUGUAUUUGGAAAGGAGUUAAAUGGACAGGAAAAGUUGUAUAUUUUACGGCCCUAUUUCCGUACUGUCUUCUCGCUGUUCUUUUGGUGCGUGGUCUUACGCUUCCAGGAGCUAUGGAAGGCCUUAAAUACUAUGCAACUCCAAAUCUUUCAAAAUUGGGUGAACCCGAGGUAUGGAUUGAUGCUGUAACUCAAAUUUUUUUUUCGUAUGCAUUAGGCCUUGGUGCUCUAGUAGCUUUAGGAAGUUACAAUAAAUUCAACAACAAUGUUUAUAAGGAUGCACUUAUCGUAUGUACCGUGAAUUCCUGCACAAGUAUGUUAAGUGGAGUCGUUAUUUUCUCGGUUGUGGGUUUCAUGGCACACGAGCAGCAAAAACCUGUAGCUGAUGUUGCUGCUUCAGGUCCUGGAUUAGCGUUUUUAGUUUACCCGUCAGCAGUACUACAAUUGCCUGGUGCUUCUGUUUGGUCCUGUCUUUUUUUCUUCAUGCUUCUUUUAAUUGGCCUUGAUAGUCAGUUUUGUACAGUAGAAGGUUUUAUUACUGCAGCAGUUGAUGAGUGGCCACAUUUAUUGAGAAAAAGAAAGGAAAUUUUUAUUGCCAUUGUUUGUUUUUUUUCAUACUUCAUUGGUCUUUCUUGCGUUACACAGGGUGGCAUGUAUGUUUUCCAAUUACUUGACUCAUAUUCCGUGAGUGGAUUCGUUUUACUCUUUCUUAUGUUUUUCGAAUGCAUUUCUGUAUCGUGGGCUUUUGGAGUCAAUCGUUUUUAUGAUGGCAUACGAGAUAUGAUUGGCUAUUAUCCUUGUUUCUGGUGGAAAAUUUGUUGGACUGUUACAACUCCAGCAAUAUGCAUUGGUGUAUUCACGUUUAAUAUUAUUAAAUUUGUUCCGGUUAAAUAUCUUGAUUACGAAUAUCCUUGGUGGAGCCAUGUAUUAGGAUGGCUUAGUGGACUUUCAUCGAUGCUUUGUAUACCUGGUUAUAUGAUUUAUAUUUGGUGUAUUACGCCUGGAACUACUUCAGAGAAAUUCAAGAAACUGAUAAGGAUAGAUGAUAAUAUUGCAACUCUUAGAAUGAAAUUGAAUCCUAGAAAAGCUGCUGAAAUUAAAUCUGAAUUUAAUCUUUAAGAUUUCUUUAAUAAAUACAACUGUUUAAACAAUUACUAUAUCUUGCAUUUAUAAAAUAAAUAUGGUUCUCAUAAAGUUUCUAAAUUAUAGAACAUAAUAUCUUUUGAAGAUAAAAUUGUUAAAAUAUUAUGGUUAUGAUAAAUGCAAAUAUUCAUAUCAAUAUUUUAGAUUUG